AUGAGUUCGGUAAAUGAGACCAACCCACAGGAGUUCAUCUUGUUAGGUUUCUCAGAUCGACCAUGGCUGGAGUUUCCACUCUUUGUGGUCUUUCUCAUUUCUUACAUUGUGACCAUUUUUGGCAAUCUGACCAUUAUUCUAGUGUCACGUCUGGACUCCAAACUCCAUACCCCCAUGUAUUUCUUUCUUGCCAAUCUGUCACUCCUAGAUCUUUGCUACACCACAAGCACUGUUCCACAAAUGCUGGUAAAUUUAUGCAGUACUAGGAAAGUAAUUAGUUAUGGUGGCUGUGUGGCUCAACUUUUCAUGUUCCUGGCCUUAGGGGCCACUGAAUGUGUUCUUCUGGCUGUCAUGUCCUUUGAUAGGUUUGUAGCUAUUUGUCGGCCUCUCCAUUACUCAGUUGUCAUGCACCAUAGGCUCUGCUUCCAGUUGGCAGCUGCAUCCUGGAUGACUGGCUUCAGCAACUCAGUUUGGUUGUCUACUCUGACUCUCCAGCUACCACUGUGUGGCCCUUACAUGGUAGAUCACUUUCUCUGUGAAGUUCCUGCUCUGCUCAAGUUGUCAUGUGUUGACACAGCAGCAAAUGAGGCUGAACUAUUCUUUGUAAGUGUGCUAUUCCAUCUAAUACCCCUGACACUCAUCCUUAUAUCAUAUGCUUUUAUUGCUCAAGCACUGUUUAGAAUUCAAUCAGCUGAAGGUAGACAAAAGGCAUUUAGGACAUGUGGCUCCCACCUAAUUGUAGUGUCACUUUUUUAUGGCACGGCUAUCUCCAUGUACUUGCAACCACCAUCACCCAACUCCAAGGAUAGGGGAAAGAUGGUUUCUCUAUUCUACAGAAUCAUUGCACCCAUGAUGAACCCCCUUAUAUACACACUUAGAAACAAAGAAGUAAAGGAGGCCUUUAAAAGGUUAGUUGCAAAAGUGUUCUUAAUCAAGGAAUAG